GCGCAAAAGACAACUUCCUGGUUUGAAGCAGUGAGUGACAUCUUUCGCGAUAGAGGCAAUUUCGUACGUUUUAUUGACGACGGCCUUGUGUUGGAAUGUAACAUAAUCGCUUUAUCCAUCAAGAGUGAAAUAAAUAUUCGUCUGCCACUUUCGGAAAAUAUCACAUUAGCGUACUUUCUCUGAAACGUUAUAAUGGUCCAUGACAGGAGUGAGUAAGCUCAUGGUAAGUCGAAGUAGCUAGCUAGCUAAAGGCAAGCUAUGGUCUCCGCCUUGACUUGGUUUCGAUGCAAUAGUGAGCUAGAAAGCUAAUGGUAGCCAGCUCACUACUGUAGUUAGCUUACAUCUGUACAGUAAAUAGUUAGCUAGUUACGGUUCCUUUCUUUAUAUAUUAGCUAUCUGGCUAACGUUAUUAGCUAGCUUCUAUGUCAGCUUGCUUGUUGUGUGCCUUUCUGGUCAGCAUACCCCCUUAAAAAGUUGGCCUCUAGCGAGCUAUCUCUUUAGCUCGAUACUAGCCAUCAUCAAUGCGCAUCAUGGUUGUUUAUAUAUAACGAGCUUAUCAAAAACCACACUAGGUUGGCUAGGUAGGUUAACUUACAGCUAGCUAGCCAGCCAGGUAACGUUAGCUAGCUAAUGUAGUUGGUUGGCUACUUACUAGUACUUGGACGGUGAGUUAUUUUGUUUAGGUUGGUGGUAGCUACCUUGGUUUUCAGUCUUAAGCAAAGUCUAAAGCCCUAUGUCCAAAGAAACUAGCUAACUAGUUACCAGUUGACGUUGUAACAUGAUUGACCACAAAUUAUGAGUCAGACCAGCACUAUCCACUGCAGAGUGAUAACGGUAGGUAGCUAACGCUUUAGUCAGCUAGCUAGAUGGCUUAAAUGCUACUGUGUUGAUGAUGCUAACGCUUUGCUAGUUGAGCUAGCUACCACGUUAGUGUUCAGUAUGAGCUAGCUAACGUUAGGUAACACUUGUCAACAGUGUCAUGUUAAUUAGCUAACGUUAGCUGUCUUGGAUUACAGGUCCUUGUUUGGUGCAAUGAGAUGACUAAACAAACAACAGAGACAUAUCCAUGCCAUGCUUCUGUUACAGCCAAAUCGGCUGUUGUGUGAAUUGUCGGAUGGGGUUCCUGACAGUUUUAGCCCGGCUAAACUAUAUUUUGCUGCCUUAGCGUAAUGUCGGCCUGUCUGUCUUGUCUUUAGGGCCCAUACUUGUGUUUAACAUAUGUGUUGCCUUCCUUUCGAAUGUAAUCGCAACGUCUGACUUGUGCUUCUAUUUAAAGCACUAGUUUGGCGACUGAGACUUUUAAUGCUGUCUGGUGUGUGGAUGGGCUGAUGGGUCACGAUAAUGAUUGAAGACUGAUGUAACCUUUCCAUGAUGACACUGACUGUGUGUGUGUGUGUGUGUAGGGGAUGAGUGGAGCACAGGUGCAGCAGCAGCGUUCACGGCUGUGGGGUCAGUGACUCUCUCUGUGGGCUCACGAUGGCGCAGGGAUGUCCUCAGCUAGACUAUCACAUCCUGCAGGACCUCAAGCAGCGCUUCCCCGAGAUACCAGAGGGAGUAGUGUCCCAGUGCCUUCUGCAGGUAGGAUACAGCAGCCAGACAGCAAUGAGCACAUAGCCUGCGUCCCAAAUGGCACCCUAGUGUGUUACUUUGGACCAGUACCAUAGGGGCCCGGAUCAAUAGUAGUGUACUGCAUAGGGAAUUACAUGCUGGCCAUACCGCUCGCGUUGCAAAAUACAUUUACACAUAUUAUGUUAUUCAAUCGUUUCAUCUAAAUUGCUUGCGAGCGUCUGCGUAGCCAGGGCGCUAAAAUAGAACUUGGUUUUAUUUGUGACGCUCGACGCGCUGCGAGGCCUGCCAAUUCCCAUCUCCUCAUUGGUUUUUAGGAGCAAAUACCCACGUGGGUGAUCGAAAGAUGAACUGAGGUCCACACUCCAGUCCAGUUGGUGGUGGUAAUGCACCUUAAAUUUGGUUGCCAACCGACAUAUAAAGUGUGAAGAAGAAGAAGAAGAAGACUACUGCAGGAGAGAUUACUAGAAACUAUUAGUUUCCCCUUUUAUCUGUGGAUUAAAUGUCGGAGUAGAGAACACACGAUUUUGUGUUACUCAAAAUGGGCCAAAAUUAUACAAAGAUCCAGAAAAAAAGGACCUUGUGCAUUUCAGGUAAAAUAACAACCCAAUGCUUAUAUCCCAGGACAAAUUAGCUAGCAACAGCAUGUCCAUGAAUGUUUCAUGUUUCGAUGGCGCACGCUCGUACCGGUCUACACAACAUGUAAGGGUGACAUUUGGGACGCAUAGAUACACAACAGGCUACAAACAUGCACACAUUUUCUUGUUGAAGUGCUUGUAUGCUGUUGCAGUGAUCUAGGUAUACACAUAGCCUAUUACACGUACAGUACCAGUCAAAAGUUUGGACACCUACUCAUUCAAGGUUUUUCCUUUAUUUUAUAUUACUAUUUUCUACAUUGUAGAAUAAUAGUGAAAACAUCAAAACUAUGAAAUAACACACAUGGAAUCAUGUAGUAACUAACAUAGUGUUAAACAAAUCUAAAUAUAUUUGAGAUUCUUCAAAUAGCCACCCUUUGCCUUGAUGACAGGUUUGCACACUCUUGGCAUUCUCUCAACCAGCUUCACCUGGAAUGCUUUUCCAACCGUCUUGAAGGAGUUCCCACAUAUGCUGAGCACUUGUUGGCUGCAAUUGGGAUGAGGUCGGGGGAUUGUGGAGGCCAGGUCAUCUGAUGCAGCACUCCAUCACUCUCCUUCUUGGUCAAAUAGCCCUUACACAGCCUGGAGGUGUGUUGUGUCAUUGUCCUUUUGAAAAACAAAUGAUAGACCCACUAAGCCCAAACCAGAUGGGAUGGCGUAUCGCUGCAGAAUGCUGUGGUAGCCAUGCUGGUUAAGUGUGCCUUGAAUUCUAAAUAAAUCACACAGUGUCACCAGCAAAGCACCCCCACACCAUUACACCUCCUCCUCCAUGCUUGACGGUGGAAAAUACACAUGUGGAGAUCAUCCGUCCACCCACACCGUGUCUCACAAAGACGGCGGUUGGAACCAAACAUCUCAAAUUUGGACAUUUCCACCGGUCUAAUGUUUAUUGCUUGUGUUUCUUGGCCCAAGCAGGUCUAUUUUUAUUAUUGGUGUCCUUUAGUAGUGGUUUCUUUCCAGCAAUUCAACGAUGAAGGCCUGAUUCACACAGUCCCCUCUGAACAGUUGAUGUUGAGAUGUGUCUGUGACUUGAACUCUGUGCAGUGUUUAUUUGGGCUGCAAUUUCUGAGGUUGGUAACUCUAAUGAACGUAUCCUCUGCAGCAGAGGUAACUCUGGGUCUUUCAUUCCUGUCGCGGUCCUCAUGAGAGCCAGUUUAAUCUUAGCGCUUGAUGUUUUUUGCGACUGCACUUGAAGAAACUUUCAAAGUUCUUGAAAUGUUCCAUAUUGACUGACCUUCAUGUCUUAAAGUAACGAUGGACUGUCGUUUCUCUUUGCUUAUUUGAGCUGUUCUUGCCAUAAUAUGGACUUGGUCUUUUACCAAAUAGGGCUAUCUUCUGUAUACCUUGUCACAACACAACUGAUUGGCUCAAACGCAUUAAGAAGGAAAGAAAUUCCACAAAUUAACUUUUAAGAAGGCACACAUGUUAAUUGAAAUGCAUUCCAGGUGACUACCUCAUGAAGCUGGUUGAGAGAAUGCCAAGAGUGUGCAAAGCUGUCAUCAAGGCAAAUGGUGGCUAUUUGAAGAAUCUAUUUUAUUUGUUUAACACUAUUUUGGUUACUACAUGAUUCCAUAUGUGUUAUUUCAUAGUUUUGAUGUCUUCACUACUUACUUUACAAUGUAAAAAUAAAGAAAAACCCUUGAAUGAUUAGGUGUGACUGACUUUUGACUGGUAGUGUACAUGAAGUUGAACAUUGACGAUUUAGUCGGGGUUAGUGACCCUCUGUUUUCUACAGUUAAUAGACAGAGAGCAGUGACAGCUAUAGAACUCCAGAACCCGUCUGGACUCCAUCACUGAGCCUCUGUUCUGCUGUCUCCUCUCCUCCAGAACAACAACAACCUGGAUAUAUGCUGCCACCUGCUGGCUCAGGAGAGUAACAGAUACCUCUAUGGGGAGUUCCACAGUCCGGAGGAGGUUCGCCUGAGCCGGAACCACAUGCUUCACAUCCAGUUGGGCUACCCCACCUCGGAGGCUGGCAAGCCCAACGGGGGUGGGCGCUCCCUGGUGCACAGCUCCAGCGACGGUCACAUCGAGCCCCCGCGGGCUGGCUUCCCGGAACCCAUCUCGGCCCCUGCCACCAUGGCCCCCUCGCCGGGGUACAACCCCUUCUUCAUGAACGACCAUGGGGGGCACUCGGCCAGCACCCCAACCCCUCCUCCCAUGCAGGGUAUGUCCCCUACCUACUCCCCCGUUCCCCGCUACACCAUGAACCCCAUCACGGUCUCCCUCUCCCAGAACCUUCCCAACGCCCCCCAGGCCCUGCAGAUCCCCGCCGGUCACUAUGGCAACAGUGGCGGCAAUGCCCUCUACCUCCGUCCCUCCCCCUCCCAGAGCCCCCAGCCCUCUCCUUGGCCUUCGCCCGGGCAGCCUGUGUAUCAGCCCUCGCCCUACGCCACUCCCACCUACCAGUCCCCCUAUAGCUCGCCCCAGCACCAGCCCCACCAAGUGCAACCCCUACAGCAGGUACAGCCCCAGCACCAACUCCAGCACCAACCCCAGCACCAGCAGACCCAUGUCUUCCUUCCAAUCAGCCCUCCCACCCUGGCCAGCAUGCCCUACCACCAGCACCACCAACAGCAGCAGCCCAUCUACCGGCCCUACCUGCCCAAGAGCUCCCUGAAGAACCAGAUCGAGAUCACCCUGGAGGGCCCACGGCCCCGCAGCAACUCCCCCGUCCACUGUCCCCCGAGCCAGACUCUCUACAUGGCCACAAGUCCCUCCCCCAGCUCGCCCCAGCGGGGCCUUAGUGGCGGGGGCCCCGCCGCCUUCCACCCCGGGGUCUACCUGCACCAGGGCCCCACGCGGCCCAGACCUGCCUCCUCGCCCCAGCCGGGCAGCCAUGCAGGCUACACCUUCAAGAUCAAAGUGUCCCCAGGCCAGGCUCAGCAGAGGCCCCUCUCAGGCUCCCCUCCCGUGUCCUCCCCUCCUGAGUCUCUGCUCAACAUGGUGGACCAGGGGGAGCACCAUGCGCUGGCCCCGGCGCCCAUCCUGCCCAUCUCGGCUCUGCCCAGUAACAUCGCCAGCCACAUCGCUAACCGCAUGCCCCGCCGGUCCAGCUCAGGCUCCGAUGACUACGCUUACACCCAGGGUAGGCACGGCUUAUGGAUGGAUAAGAGUGUGUGUGUGUGUGUAUGUGUGCAUUUGUGUGUUUACCCGUGUGCUUAUUUGCUGUUUAUACAAUGGCUGUGUCUAAUCCUAAAUGCUUAUUGGUUAAAACCACAUUCCAGCUGGUGUCUAUUCGACAAGGUACCACCGGCUAAAUCUAUGACGUUAAAAUGCCUAUGUUCCAUCUGACUGCGCAAUCCACUGUCUCAUCAGCCCAGCCAGGCAAUUUAUAAACUUGAUCUCCUCUAUAAAAAGCAUCUAGUCAUUAUCUCCCAUUUCUUUUAGACUAACAGUUCGUUUUCAACAGCGGAGAUUUGUAUAAACCUUGCUGUCUGUCUCUUCGACAUUUGCAGCGUUGUUUCAAUAUUCAAAUUCGAUCUAUAGCUGUCCUAUAGGAAUGAACUUGUCGGGAUGAGACAGACAGGUAGGUAGCUUUUCUCAGCCAGUGGAAACCAUGAAUCGGCAUCAUUUUUGUGCAUAUAUACAAAGAACUAUCAAUAGAAAACAGGUAAACAGAAACGAAGUGCAGCUAGUUUGCAGUCUUUCCAGCUUCAGUUUGAAGUGAUUGUGUUAGCUGUGUUGUUGGCUAGCUCUCGAACAACAGUGUCCUGACGAGAGAGCACAUGUUCUAUGCCAGGUGAAAUCGCGUUUCAUUAUAUAUAUAUAUAUAUAUAUAUAUAUAUAUAUAUAUAUAUAUAUAUAUAUACACACAGUGGAUAUAAAAAGUCUACACACCAGUUAAAAUGCCAGGUUUUUGUGAUGUAAAAGAAUAAGACAAAGAUAAAUCAUGUCAGAACUUUUUCCACCUGUUAAUGUGACCUAUAACGUGAACAAUUCAUUUGAAAAACAAACUGAAAACUUUGAGAAAAAAACACAAAAAAACACAAUUACCUGGUUGCAUAAGUGUGCACACCCUUAAACUAAUACUUUGUUGAAGCACCUUUUUGAUUUUAUUACAGCACUCAGCCUUUUUGGGUAGGAGUCUAUUAGCAUGGCACAUCUUGACGUGGCAAUAUUUGCCCACUCUUCUUUGCAAAAGCGCUCCAGAUCUGUCAGAUUGCGAGGACAUUUCCUAUGCACAGCCCUCUUCAGAUCACCCCAGAGAUGUUCAAUUGGAUUCAGGUCUGGGCUCUGGCUGGGCCAUACCUAAACGUUAAUCUUCUUCUGGUGAAGCCAUGCUUUUAUGGAUUUGGAUGUGUGCUUUGGGUCAUUGUCGUGCUGAAAGGUGAACUUCAUCUUCAGCUCUCUAACGGACGCCUGAAGGUGUUGUGCCAAAAUUGCCUGGUAUUUGGAACUGUUCAUAAUUCCCUCCACCCUGACUAAAGCCCCAGUUCCAGCUGAAGAAAAACAGCCCCAAAGCAUGAUGCUGCCACCACCAUGCUUCACUGUGGGUAUGGUGUUCUUUGGGUGAUGUGCAGUGUUGUUUUUGCGCCAAACAUUAAAAUUAUGGCCAAAAGGUUCAACCUUGGUUUCAUCAGACCAUAACACAUUUUCCCACGUGCUUUUGGGGGACUUUAUGUUUGUUUUUGCAAACUUCAGCCGGCCUUGGAUGUUUUUCUUUGUAAGAAAAGGCUUCCGUCUUGCCACCCUACCCCAUAGCCCAUUCAAAUGAAGAAUACGGGAGAUUGUUGUCACAUGUAGCACACAGCCAGUACUUGCCAGAAAUUCCUGCAGUUCCUUUAAUGUUGCUGUAGGCCUCUUGGAAGCCUCCCUGACCAGUUUUCUUCUCGUCUUUUCAUAUAUUUUGGAGGGACGUCCAGUUCUUGGUAAUGUCUCUGUUGUGCCAUAUUUUCUCCACUUGAUGAUGACUGUCUUCACUGUGUUCCAUGGUAUAUGUAAUGCUUUGGAAAUUAUUUUGUACCCUUCUCCUGACUGAUAUCUUUCAACAAUGAGAUCCCUCUGAUGCCUUGGAAGCUCUCUGCGGACCAUGGCUUUUGCUCUGAGAUGCAACUAAGAAAAUGUCAGGAAAAUCCUACUUGAACAGCUUAACUUUAUUUGUGAUUUAAUCAGUCACUUUAAAUGAUGGCAGGUGUGUAAUGAAUUCUAUUUAACAUGAGUUUGAAUGUGAUUGGUUAAUUCUGAACACAGCCACAUCACCAGUUAUGAGGGUGUGCACACUUAUGCAACCAGGUUUUUAUUUUUCAUUUUUCCGCCUCAGAUUUCAGUUUGUUUUUCAAUUGAAUUGUUCACAUUAUAGGUCACAUUAACAGUGGGAAAAGUUUUGACAUGAUUUAUCUUUGUCUCAUUCUUUUACAUCACAAAAACCUGGCAUUUUAACUGGUGUGUGUAGACUUUUUAUAUCCACUGUAUGUAUGUAUAUAUAUAUAUAUAUGUAUUUUUAUUUUAGUGUGUAUGGUCAGUUUAUGAAUAGAAAAGGUGUGUAGAAAUUAAAUAAAGAAUUCCUAAUUAACUGACUUAUCGGAAACAAAUAACUUCUUGCACAAUUGCCGGCUGUGUAUCCAUCUAUCAGGUUGUUGUCCUCCUUGUCCACAAUGACUCCAAGACGGGGAUUUAAUAUGCGCAGCACCUGUUUCCACGAUGGUGUAUUUCACUCUUAUAAACUUUGUUAAAAUGUUUAAUGUUACGUUAGCCAUUUUCGUGUGAGCUAGGAGUCAGGGGAAAUAAAUGUGGCAACAUAUUGUCUCGUGGCGGAAGGGAACAUAAGCUCUGUAUGUGGACAAAUAUAGGAAUGUUUCAGCACCACACAAAAUAGCCUACUAAUGGACAGUUUUCUGCUCCGCUCUCUCGUUGCGUGGCUGAUAGCCUAGUGAAAUCUGCAACACAACAAGCUCCUGGGUUUGUACAAAAAAUAUAUUGAUUUAAAACGUUUCCAACCUGCAAUAUAAUUGUUCUGAACCGAGAGCUGACCCACCGGUUGAAAGAAUGUUUUCAUUCCACCUGACAGCUGAUUUUUUUUGUUUGUUGUUGUUGCGGGGAACUGUGGGUAUCCGACCCGAUGCAGGAGGGUGUGUUCCUGUGUGUAUGCAUUUGGUGUGCUUGCUCGUUUGCAUCUGUUCAUCUGUGUACAGAAUCAUUCCUGCACAUCCACCCAUGUAUUCCUUCAUCCCAUCCCAACCAUCCCAUCUGUUUGAAGCCCUGUGUUCCCUCCACUGUGUCCCCCAGCUCUCCUGCUGCACCAGAGGGCCCGGAUGGAGCGUCUGCUGAAAGAGCUGCUCAUGGAGAGGCAGAAGGUGGAGCAGCUGAAGGCAGACGUCAACGACAUGGAGUACGACGCCCUCCAGAGACGCUUCAGACGAGUCAGCAGCACCAGCCUCAUCCCCCGGGUAAGAGAGGGACGUACACACAGAUGUGUAGGGACAUAACAUGGCACACACACACACACACACACACACACACACACACCUGUGAAGUGUAACUGCAUAGACACACACACGGCGCACACACGGCGCACACACGGCGCACACACGGUGCCCACACGGCGCACACACGGUGCACACACACACUCAUUAGCUACAUACAUACACUACCGGUCAAAAGUUUUGACACACCUACUCAUUCAAUGGUUUUUCUUUAUUUUUACUAUUUUUUACAUUGUAGAAUAAUAGUGAAGACAUCAAAACUAUGAAAUUACAUACAGUUGAAGUCGGAAGUUUACAUACACUUAGGUUGGAGUCAUUUAAAACUCGUUUUUCAACCACCCCACAAAUUUCUUGUUAACAAACUAUAGUUUUGGCAAGUCGGUUAGGACAUCUACUUUGUGCAAGACACAAGUAAUAUUUCCAACAAUUGUUUACAGACAGAUUAUUUCACUUAUAAUUCAUUGAAUCACAAUUCCAGUUGGUCAGAAGUUUAUAGACGCUAAAUUGACUGUGCCUUUAAACAGCAUGGAAAAUUCCAGAAAAUUAUGUCAUGGCUUUAGAAGCUUCUGAUGGGCUAAUUGACAUAAUUUGAGUCAAUUGGAGGUGUACCUGUGGAUGUAUUUCAAGGUCUACCUUCAAACACAGUGCCUCUUUGCUUGACAUCAUGGGAAAAUCAAAAGAAAUCAGCUAAGACCUCAGAAAAAAAAUUGUAGACCUCCACAAGUCUGGUUCAUCUUUGGGAGAAAUGUCCAAAUGCCUGAAGGUAAUGUUCAUCUGUACAAACAAUAGUACGCAAGUAUAAACACCAUGCCAAGAGUGUGCAAAGCUGUCAUCAAGGCAAAGGGUGGCUAUUUGAAGAAUCUCAAAUAUAAAAUGUUUUUUGAUUUGUUUAACACUUUUUUGGUUACUACAUGAUUCCAUAUGUGUUAUUUCAUAGUUGUGAUGUCUUCACUAUUAUUCUACAAUGUAGAAAAUAUUAAAAAUAAAGAAAAACCCUUGAAUGAGUAGGUGUGUCCCAACUUUUGACUGGUACUAUACAUACAUACACUAUAUAUACAGCAGUAUGUGGAUAAGUGUAUAAAAUCGAGCACACAGCCAUGCAAUCUCCGUAGACAUUGGUAGUAGAAUGGCCUUACUGAAGAGCUCAGUGACUUUCAACAUGGCAUCGUCAUAGGAUGCCACCUUUCCAACAAGUCAGUUCGUCAAAUUUCCGCUACCUGCCCGAAUGCAUAGUGCCAACUGUAAAGUUUGGUAGAGGAGGAAUAAUGGUCUGGGGCUGUUUUUCAUGGUUCGGGCUAGACCCCUUAGUUCCAAUAAAGGGACAUCUUAACGCUACAGCAUACAAUGACAUUCUAGAUUAUUCUGUGCUUCCAACUUUGUGGCAACAGUUUGGGGAAGGCCCUUUCCUGUUUCAGCAUGACAAAGCCCCCGUGCACAAAGCGAAGUCAUUACAGAAAUGGUUUGUCGAAAUCAGUGUGGAAGAACGUGACUGGCCUGCACAGAGCCCUGACCUCAACUCCAUCGAACACCUUUGGGAUGAAUUGGAAAGCUGACUGCGAGCCAGGCCUAAUCGUUCACAUCAGUGCCCGACCUCACUAAUGGUCUUGUGGCUGAAUGGAAGCAAGUCCCCGCAGCAAUGUUCCAACAUCUAGUGGAAAGCCUUCCCAGAGGAGUGGAGGCUGUUAUAGCAGCAAAGGGGGGACCAACUCCAUAUUAAUGCCCAUGAUUUUGGAAUGAGAUGUUCGACGAGCAGGUGUCCAAAUACUUUUGGUCAUGUAGUGUAUGUACACUUAACAAAAAUAUUAACGCAACAUGUAAAGUGUUGGUCCCAUGUUUCAUGAGCUGAAAUAAAAGAUCCCAGAGAUUCUCCAUACGCAUAAAAAGCUAAUUUCUCUCAAAUGUUGUGCACAAAUGUUUUAUAUCCCUGUAAUGAGCAUUUCUCCUUUGCCAAGAUAAUCCAUCCAUCUGACAGGUGUGACAUAUCAAGAAGCUGAUUAAACAGCAUGAUCAUUACACAGGUGCAUCUUGUGCUUGGGACAAUAAAAUGUCCACUCCAAAAUGUGCAGUUUUGUGUCACAACACAAUUCCACACGUUUCAAGUUGAGGGAGCGUACAGUUGGCAUGCUGACUGCAGGAAUGUCAACCAGAGCUGUUGCCAGAGAACUGAAUGUUCAUUUCUCUACCAUAAGCCACCUCCAACGUUGUUUUAGAGAAUUUGGCAGUACGUCCAACCGGCCUCACAACCGCAGACCACGUGUUUGGUGUCGUGUGGACGAGCAGUUUGCUGAUGUCAACGUUGUGAACAGAGUGCCCCAUGGUUGCGGUGGGUUAUGGUAUGGGCAGGCCAAGUGGUGUAAACUUUUACUAUUUAUAUUUUGUACAACUUUUAGUUCACUACAUUCCUAAAUAAAAUUGUUAUUUUUACUCUAUAUAUUUUCCCUGACACCCAAAAUAACUUGUUAUAUUUUGAAUGCUUAACAUGACAGGAAAACGCUGGUGGACUCACUAAACACAUGCGUAGUUUGUAAAUUAUGUCUGAAUGUUGUGUGCCCCUGGUUAUCCAUACAUUUUAAAAACAAGAACAUUAUGCUGUCUGGUUUGCUUAAUAUAAGGAAUUUGAAAUAAUUUAUACUUUACUUUUACUUUUGAUACUUAAAUAUAUUUAAAACCAAAUAUUUUUAGACUUUUACUCAAGCAGUAUUUUACUCUGUGACUUUUACUUGACUCAUUUUCUAUUAAGGUAUCUUUACUUUUACUUUAGUAUGAAUAUUGGCUACUUUUUCCACCACUGUGCAGGCAUAACCAAGGACAACGAACACAAUUGCAUUUUAUCAAUGGCAAUUUGAAUGCACAGAGAUAUCGGGACGAGAUCCUGAGGCCCAUUGUCAUGCCAUUCAUCCGCCGCCAUCACCUCAUGUUUCAGCAUGAUAAUGCACAGCCCCGUAUCGCAAGGAUCUGUACACAGCUGCUGGAAGCUGAAAAUGUGUCAGUUCUUCCAUGGCCUGCAUACUCACCAGACAUGUCACCUGUUGAGCAUGUUUGGGAUGCUCUGGAUCAACGUGUACGACAGCAUUUUCCAGUUCCCGCCAAUAUCCAGCAAGUUCGCACAGCCAUUGAAGAGGUGUGGGACAACAUUCCACAGGCCACAAUCAACAGCCUGAUCAACUCUAUGCGAAGGAGAUGUGUCGCGCUGCUUGAGGCAAAUGGUCACACCAGAUACUGACUGGUUUUCUGAUCCACAGCCUUUUUUCUUUACCAUGACUAUGCCCCCAUAGUAUGACAAUGCCCCCAUCCACAGGGCACGAGUGGUCACUGAAUGGUUUGAUGAGCAUGAAAACAAUGUAAGUCAUAUGCCAUGGCCCUCUCAGUCACCAGAUUUCAACCCAGUUUGAACACUUAUGGGAGAUUCUGGAACGGUACCUGAGACAGCGUUUUCCACCACCAUCAACAAAACGCCAAAUUGUGGAAGAAUGGUGUCGCAUCCCUCCAAUAGAGUUUCAGACACUUGUAGAAUCUAUGCCAAGGUGAAUUGCAGCUGUUCUGGCUCAUGCUGGCCCAACGCCCUAUAAGACACUUUAUAUGUUGGCGUUUCCUUUAUUUGGGCAGUUACAUGUAUAUGUGCAUACAAACAGCUUUGAUCUGAUUCUUAUAACACGUGGAUCGGUAUUUGUAAAUAAAUGCCGAGUAUUAGAUUUGGUAGGAAACCUUCUAUUGUCUCUCUUUUUGUGUGUCAUCUCUCAUCCAAUCCACUGGUGCCUGUUCCAGCCUGAAGAGAUGACCCGACUGCGCAGUCUGAACAGACUGCUUCAGAUUGAUAUUGACUGCACCCUGAAAGAGACUGAUCUACUGCAGUCUAGAGGUACACACACACACAAACACUCUCACACACAAACAGGCUUUUGAAGAUGCAGUGUACAGCAGCACCCAUUCAGGUGUCAAACAACAGAUGCUGUACUAAUUGUGUCAUUUCCACAGGGAAGUUUGAUCCGAAAGCUGAGAACAACUUUUAUAAGAACAUACAGACCGGUCCGGUGAUACCACCCAAGCCAGGAAGGAAAGGUGAGAACCAUGAUGUCCUCUAUCGUACCACUGUAAACAGUGGUAACACUUUACUUAAAGAGGCAAUCUGCAAUUGACACAUCAAUUUUUUCAAAUGUUCAAUUAUUGAUAAAUACCAAAUUAAUUAUUGAAGAAUAUAACUAAUAUAAAUACUUAAUGAGCUCAGUUCAACAGUCAUACCCCAUCAGGACCCAAAAUAUAAGCCUGUUUUACUCCAUUGUUUGUAAACAACGUAAUUGUAAACAAACACUGCAUAGCCUCAAAACAUGGUUCAAACUAAUGUUGAUAUCGUGGUGGUCAGUCCUUGCAUGCAUAGCCCUGUAUAUGAAUUUGACAGUGGUUACAUUUCUCCAGCCCCUUCCCUCAGCUUUUUACCAAAACAGUGGUGGGGUGUCCGCUUUUAUUUUAAAUGUAAAAAAAAUUGGGGGGAGAGAUCGAACUCAGUAUCGAAACUGUGUAAAUGAUAAUGGACCUACAUUCAUACAGUUUCUUAACUGUGUCCAGCUUGCUAAUCAUCACUGGAAUGAAAGCUAGUCAGUCAGGGACUAUCGAAAAUUCUAAAAACGAUGGAACUAUCUUUUGCACAUUUUGACAGCAAAGAAAUAUAACCAAUUUUCAGUGCGGCCCUCCAGACCUCGUUAAAGACUGAAUGCGGCCCUCCAGACCUCGUUAAAGACUGAAUGCGGCCCUCCAGACCUCGUUAAAGACUGAAUGCGGCCCUCCAGACCUCGUUAAAGACUGAAUGCGGCCCCCGGGCAAAAUGAGUUUGACACCCCUGCUUUAUAAUGUCGUAAAAGGCUUAAUAAAAUGUUGCUUGGCUUUGUAUUCGACCUUGUUUCUUCUCAAAUGAUCUCUGAUCACUUCCCUCAGUAGAUGAAAUGUGGUAAAUAUUCAAUUGACCUUGGCUGUGGUUGACCAAAAUGAAUGUUGGCAUGGAACGACUUGAGAAACCCAGCUAUUUUGUCUCUGAUUUACUUUUGUGUUGCGGAGCCUCCCUUUGUGUGGACAGUGUCCUAACUGUUUUUGAAUGCAUUUCCUUUUUUAGCAAGGUCUUUAAAAUGGUGCUGUGUGUUUGUAUGAUGGGUGUCUGUGUGGUUUGCUAUGAAUGCCCAUGGGAUCCUUACUGGCCAGAGUCAGGCCCUCUGUUGUUGAUGUCCCAUUGGAAGGACUUCUAUAUUCCGUUGUGUUUGGUAUUGUGAUGAUGCCAACAGGCCUGCUAGGUCGAACACUGAACUCACACCCGAGAACACUUGAUAAAGUAGCUGGUUUUCUUCUCACGCUGGCAACAAGCUCUGCGUCCAGUGAAGCAACUAGAAAUCUGCUGUUUUCCCGACGCCCCAGUUUGGCUCACCUAUAAGAAUAUGUUGUAGUGUCUGUGUUUGGCAGUGUGAUACUAAGACUGUAUAUGUGCUGUGUUUGUUGGUGUGAUACUAAGACUGUAUAUGUGCUGUGUUUGUUGGUGUGAUACUAAGACUGUAUAUGUGCUGUGUUUGUCGGUGUGAUACUAAGACUGUAUAUGUGCUGUGUUUGGCAGUGUGAUACUAAGACUGUAUAUGUGCUGUGUUUGGCAGUGUGAUACUAAGACUGUAUAUGUGCUGUGUUUGUCGUGUGAUACUAAGACUGUAUAUGUGCUGUGUUUGUCGGUGUGAUACUAAGACUGUAUAUGUGCUGUGUUUGUCGGUGUGAUACUAAGACUGUAUAUGUGCUGUGUCUGUCGGUGUGAUACGGAGACUGUAUAUGUGCUGUGUUUGGCAGUGUGAUACUAAGACUGUAUAUGUGCUGUGUUUGUCGGUGUGAUACUAAGACUGUAUAUGUGCUGUGUUUGUUGGUGUGAUACUAAACUGUAUAUGUGCUGUGUUUUGUCGGUGUGAACUAGACUGUAUAUGUGCUGUGUUUGGCAGUGUGAUACUAGACUGGUAUAUGUGCUGUGGUUUGGCAGUGUGAUACUAAGACUGGUAUAUGUGCUGUGUUUGGUCGUGUGAUACUAAGACUGUAUAUGUGCUGUGUUUGUCGGUGUGAUACGGAGACUGUAUAUGUGCUGUGUUUGGCAGUGUGAUACUAAGACUGUAUAUGUGCUGUGUUUGUCGGUGUGAUACUAAGACUGUAUAUGUGCUGUGUUUGUCGGUGUGAUACUAAGACUGUAUAUGUGCUGUGUUUGUCGGUGUGAUACUAAGACUGUAUAUGUGCUGUGUCUGUCGGUGUGAUACGGAGACUGUAUAUGUGCUGUGUUUGUCGGUGUGAUACUAAGACUGUAUAUGUGCUGUGUUUGUCGGUGUGAUACUGAGACUGUAUAUGUGCUGUGUUUGUCGGUGUGAUACGGAGACUGUAUAUGUGCUGUGUUUGCCGGUGUGAUACUAAGACUGUAUAUGUGCUGUGUUUGUCGGUGUGAUACGGAGACUGUAUAUGUGCUGUGUUUGUCGGUGUGAUACUAAGACUGUAUAUGUGCUGUGUUUGUCGGUGUGAUACUAAGACUGUAUAUGUGCUGUGUUUGUCGGUGUGAUACUAAGACUGUAUAUAUGCUGUGUUUGUCGGUGUGAUACUAAGACUGUAUAUGUCUCUUUCUCCCAGAGGUGGAGCGGAACGCCAAGCCUGUAACUGUGGGGCCCCCUCAGAGAGACGAGGACUUUGAGGGAGGCCAGUGGAGCUGUGAAGAAUGCACAUUCCUCAACCACCCUGCACUCAACCGCUGUGAACAGUGCGAGAUGCCACGCUACACCUGAACGUUGCCCAGCCUACUCCAGCCCUAUCCCGGAUAGUAGCCCCCCCCCCACUUCCUCAAUCCCUGUAAACUCCUCCUCCAAUUGGUUCCUGUCCCGCCCAUGUCUUUGUGUGAUGACCCUCCCCCCCCCUGCACUUUGGAGGAAAGC